CAUUAAAGCGAGGAGGAGGCGAGAGUGGCCGCCGCUGCUACUUAAUUCUUUUUCAGUGCAGCCGGGGAGAGCGAGAGUGCGCGCCGCGCGAGAGUGGGAGGCGAGGGGGGCAGGCCGGGGAGAGGCGCAGGAGCCCUUGCAGCCACGCGCGCGCCUUGUCUUGUGUGCCUCGCGAGGUAGAGCGGGCGCGCGGCGGCGGCGGGGAUCACUUUGCUGCUAGUUUCGGUUCGCGGCAGCGGCGGGUGUCGUCUCGGCGGCGGCGGAGGCAGUCGUAGCACUAUGUCGGAGGAGCAGUUCGGAGGGGACGGGGCGGCGGCGGCGGCAACGGCGGCGGCGGGCGGCUCGGCGGGCGAGCAGGAGGGAGCCAUGGUGGCGGCGGCGCAGGGGGCAGCGGCGGCGGCGGCGGGAAGCGGGAGCGGCGGCGGCUCUGCGGCCGGAGGCACCGAAGGAGGCAGCGCCGAGGCGGAGGGGGCGAAGAUCGACGCCAGUAAGAACGAGGAGGAUGAAGGCCAUUCAAACUCCUCCCCACGACACACUGAAGCAGCGACGGCACAGCGGGAAGAAUGGAAAAUGUUUAUAGGAGGCCUUAGCUGGGACACUACAAAGAAAGAUCUGAAGGACUACUUUUCCAAAUUUGGUGAAGUUGUAGACUGCACUCUGAAGUUAGAUCCUAUCACAGGGCGAUCAAGGGGUUUUGGCUUUGUGCUAUUUAAAGAGUCGGAGAGUGUAGAUAAGGUCAUGGAUCAGAAAGAACAUAAAUUGAAUGGGAAAGUCAUUGAUCCUAAAAGGGCCAAAGCCAUGAAAACAAAAGAGCCUGUCAAAAAAAUUUUUGUUGGUGGCCUUUCUCCAGAUACACCUGAAGAGAAAAUAAGAGAAUACUUUGGUGGUUUUGGUGAGGUUGAAUCCAUAGAGCUCCCUAUGGACAACAAGACCAAUAAGAGACGUGGGUUCUGUUUUAUUACCUUUAAGGAAGAGGAACCAGUGAAGAAGAUAAUGGAAAAGAAAUACCACAAUGUUGGUCUUAGUAAAUGUGAAAUAAAAGUAGCCAUGUCGAAGGAACAGUAUCAGCAACAGCAGCAGUGGGGCUCUAGAGGAGGGUUUGCAGGAAGAGCUCGUGGAAGAGGUGGUGGCCCCAGUCAAAACUGGAACCAGGGAUAUAGUAACUAUUGGAAUCAAGGCUAUGGCAACUAUGGAUAUAACAGCCAAGGUUACGGUGGUUAUGGAGGAUAUGACUACACUGGUUACAACAACUACUAUGGAUAUGGUGAUUAUAGCAAUCAGCAGAGUGGUUAUGGGAAAGUAUCCAGGCGAGGUGGUCAUCAAAAUAGCUACAAACCAUACUAAAUUAUUCCAUUUGCAACUUAUCCCCAACAGGCUUUUACUGAUAGCAUAAUCCUGUAAUCUCAACCCUGGGAAGGCUGAAGUGGAUCACUUGAGCUCAUUUCAAGGCUGACCUGGGCAUUGGCAAGAACCCAGCUUAGACAACAUGCACGGUGCUUUACCUUACGUCCUGUUGCUCGGACUUCUUCCUGUGCAGAAUUUUCAUCGGCUGCUAAGUGAUCCUUGGCUCACACUGAGGAGUGGAGCACUUUAAAAAUGGACCUCUAGAUAGGUAAUUUUUAUUCUUUGGUCUGAGUUACUGGAGUUCUCCACCCUGUCCGAAGGGUAAAGAUUUGGUUUGCAGUCUUCUCAAAGAGGGAAGAAGGUAGAUGGAUAUAUCCAGAGAACCAUUUCAACUGCUUCAGAGACUACUAGUUUCUUGCCAGGAUGGGAGAGUCCGUUGGCUCCUGGAAGACCUGGCAGUCUUACAUUGUCAUCAGACUUUAAACCAGGCCUUUCUUCAUUACCCAUAUGUCUACUGGUACUUGGACUACCGGUAACGUAUGCCAUUGGGAACUCUAGGGGUAUUUUGAGAUCCUCUCCAUGACGACAACAUUCAGUUUCUUACAUUUGCUCAUAAAUUUGUAAAGCUUAUUUUCUCUUAUUUGAAGCCCUCCCUGUUUUCAUUUCGCAAUUUCUGAUAUUUAGAAUUUCAGAAGAGUAAUGGUGUGUGUGUGUGCGUGCGCGCAUGUGUGUGUGGUUGGUGAAAAGCUUGAGGGAGAUAAAGCAGGUAGAUUAAAAUGUUGACAGCUCAUUACCCUUUUAGGAUUGUAGUUCAGUAUAGAGACCUUUGCUAUUAGGUUGUUAGGUAGCUUUGGUUUUUGUUCUUUAUAGUGGUGGUACUGUCAAUCCUCAGGCAAUGAGCUUUCUAGGUGUGUUGUCCAGAAUCAGUUUGGGUCUUGGUUUACUAGGUAUGUGCUACUAGGUGAGUUGUUCUGGGUUUCUGUUUUUCCUUUCUUUAAAAUAUGUAUUACAAAGCUAGGCCCUUUCAGUCUAGUUACUCUUUGCUCACUUACAUGACAAUUGCUUCAUUAUAUGCCGUUCCCAAGUUAGAAUUCAGUGUGUUAUGUAGAUGGUAAAUUCCACUUACCAGGUCUAUGUUCUGUAUAUUAAAAACUUGUUUUAUGCUUUUUAGAAUGGUUUUCUUUAGAUUAACUUUGUAUUUUAUGUUUAGGAUAUUGAGGUAUAACAAUCAGAAGGACUGAACCCAAUAUCUUAACAGAGUAUCUGUAUUGAUCUAUAAAUGUGUGCUUUUUUGAUUUGGGUUUUCUCCCCCUCCCCUCACCCUAACCACCCAGAAAGGGUUUCUCUGUGUAGCCAUCUUGAAACUUGCUCUGUAGACCAGACUGGCCUCAAACUCCCAGAGAUCCGCCUGCCUCUGUCUCCUGAGUGCUGGGAUUAAGGGCAUAUAUGCUUUUUUUUCCUUUUUUUAAACCAAAUUUUGGUAAGGCUGAAAGUGUAGGGUACAUCUGUAUUCACUGCUGGCCACAUUAAAGCAGUUAACUUAUCUUAGUUUAGAAAUGUUGUCUGAAUUUCCUUGGGUAAAGUGAUUCUAGCCAGCUAAAUACCCAGUUUUGCAAAUUCAAUUUGUUGUCAUAAUUUCUUCCCAAUUGCUUAUAAUCUAGUAAAUUGGGGGAAGGUUGAUUAUAAUGUAUUUUAAAGAGGUCUUGUAGACCAUCUGUUUCUGCAUCAAUUGUAAGGCAGUGUUGCCUGGGAAUUUUUAUUUUAACUCCCCCCCCCCAAGUGUUCUUAGCUAUGCUAAUGUAUUAAAGACCAUUGCUCAAAGCUAGAAUAAUUACGCUGUUCCAUAAAGCUUUCCAGUUUUUGCUUUUAUCUCCUGUACAGGCAAGGGCACAUAUUUUAUAAAGUUUUAAUCAUGAAUCCUACAUUUAGCAGAGAAGGAAAAUAUUCAGAUGAUUGAUAGCAUUCUAGUGAAUAUGCAAGAUGACAGCAGCAGUAAAUGCAAGAAGACAGCAGUGCGUGGCCAUAGUUGAGGACAUACUGACUUAGUGGUUUUUAAAUUCUCUGCAGACAGUAUACACUUACACUGUAUGCGCCUUGACCCUCUCACCACUGAUGUUGCCAUCCAUUGUAUUAUGAAUUAACAACUAACAGAAACUGUCUUGCUGUUCAAGUGCUGAGUUGGGCUAGUUAUGCAUUUACUCCAUUGUCCUCAGCAUCUUAGACUCAAGGAUGUCUUGUGGUACCUUCAUUGUCAAAAGCCUUAGAUUAAGAGUUCCGGGUUCCAGGGAACUAUGUGAUUUAGGAAGGUGAAGGAUGGUAUUUCUAAGGUCAGGGGAAAGACCUUAGAAAAUUACAUUAGGGCUGGACAUGUGCCUAAGGAGGGAAGCCUUGGGCUCAUUUCUCAGUUCCCCAGUUUAAGAAAGUACUUAACAAUUGUUUCAGAAUUAGAUUCUAUGUAAUGUGAGGGUGUUCAAGCACUCCAAACUUGCUUGUAAACUUGCAAUGGGAAGAAUUUUUAAAGCUCUCAAAAAUGCAGGUAGUCGCUGAUAAAGGUUUUAGAGUUCUAUUUUGGAAAACAAUGUUGGCAACAACGCUUCCAAGUUAAUUUGUAUAUAUUUGUAAUUGAAUUGGUUGUAUUCUGUUUGCACUCUAAAAUUUGAAGGCAAGGUUACCUCCUUGCUUUUUAAUUUCUUUUAGAAAAAAAAAAUACUGGAAGAAACUUAAGAGAUCUGUUAAUGCCAGUACCUGAAUGUGACAUUUAACAUGUCAUGGAAACUGCUUUGAAUAAAUACUUGAGAAAAGGAA